AUGACAACGGCACAAGGCAGAAGAGUGCUCGGGUUGAAUAACAGGUCUACUAGGUGGCAAUGCAGCCCCUCGGGGAAUGUAGGGAUGAACGCAAGAGAUAGGGUAAACGGUACUGACUCAGGCUACAUCAUCUUCAAUCGCCACGACAACAGCAAAGAAGUAUGGCGCUACACCUGCGACUUCUGGGACUUUGAGAUGCCAGAGGACUUCAAACCUGACGAAUCCAUGAUUAAAGUGUCACAAGAAGCCGCUCAGUGUUUUGCCUCCCCUACAAAUCAUGGUCAUUUCAGACCGUGCAUCACAAAAAUUGCUCAAUAUCCUAGAGAUAUGUAA